AACCACCGUUUCUUGUCACCUUCACUCAAACCUUAUCACCACCGCCAUUUAGCCCUCCAUCAACUCUUUUUCAUCCUCCCUCCCAAAGAGAAAGGAAGGAAACAAAACAAAAACAAGAAGAAAUGGGCUCCGAAGCUCAAGAGCUUCACUUCCUUCUCAUCCCUCUCAUGUCCCAAAGCCACCUCCUCCCAUUCACGGACAUGGCCAAGCACCUCGCCGAGCGUGGAGUUUCCGUCACUGUCGUCAUGACUCCUCUCAACGCCCUCCGCUACGAAUCUGUCUUGGACCACGCCCGAACAUCAGAUCUCGACAUCCACUUCCUGACUCUUCCUUUCCCAUGCAAAGAGGCCGGCCUCCCCGAGGGCUGCGAGAACGCCGACUCGCUCCCCUCAUCGGACCUCAUCACCGCCUUCUUCGAUGCAAGCAACAUGCUGCAAGGGCCCCUCGAGAAGCGCCUCGAAGCCAUGGAGGACAAACCCAGUUGCAUCAUCACUGACAUUUGCUUUCCUUGGACUACUGAUGUUGCACAAAAGUUUGGCCUUCCGAGGAUCGUGUUCCAUACCAUUUCUUGCUUCACCCUCUUGUGCUCUCACAGCAUCAACCGCUCCAAGGUCAUGGAACGGGUCAAGAGCGACGAUGAGCGGUUCGUCGUCCCGGGCCUCCCAGACAAGGUCGAGUUCACCAAGGCCCAGCUUCCGCAAAUGAUGAAGGACGGCCCAGAAGACUUGGAGGAACUCCUGGACAAGUUCAAGGCGGCCGAGCUCUCAGCCGACGGCGUGAUGGUGAACUCCUUCGAGGAGCUAGAGAAGAGUUACGUGAAAGGUUAUCAAAAGGUAGCGAAGAAACUGUGGUGCGUUGGGCCUCUGUCACUCUCCCCAGGGGUCGACUCGGCCAAGCUCGACAGGGGCAACAAGUCCUCGAUCGACCCGAACCAGUGCCUAGAUUGGCUGGACUCUAGGGACCCGAAAUCUGUGCUUUACGUGUGCUUUGGUAGUCUUUGCCACGUGUCGGCCUUGCAGCUCGUGGAGCUGGCCUUGGGGCUUGAGGCAUCGCACUGUUGCUUCAUGUGGGUGAUAAGGAAAGGCGACCACUCACAAGAGCUAGAGAAGUGGCUCUCGGAGUACGGGUUCGAAGAGAGGACCACGGGGAGGGGCCUCAUCAUCAGGGGAUGGGCCCCUCAAGUGAUGAUCCUGUCCCACCCAUCUGUCGGCGGGUUCAUGACGCACUGUGGGUGGAACUCGACGCUCGAGGCGGUGAGCUCCGGAGUGCCAAUGAUAACCUGGCCCAUGUUUGCGGAGCAGUUCUACAAUGAGAAGCAGAUCGCGCAGGUGCUCCAGAUCGGAGUGAGCCUUGGGGUUCAGAGGCCGGUGGAGUGGGUGGAGGAGGAUAAGGUGGGCGUGAUGGUUAGCAGGGAGGCCGUGCAGCACGCGAUCGGGAGGCUGAUGGACGAAGGAGAGGAAGGCACCGAGAGGAGGCUGCGGGUGAAGGAGUUGGGCAAGGCCGCGAGCCAGGCGGUCGCGGAAGGCGGGUCAUCCUACUUCAACCUGACUCUAGUAAUCCACUACGUUCAACAGAUGCUAAGUCGCAAGAAAUCAACGUCCAGAUUAAUGAGACAUUACUAGUCCUCCACGACUAGAUUUACACCCAA